CACCGGUUUAAUCUGAGGCAUAUCCUAAUUACUAUAAGAAUCAUCCGCUGUCCUUGACUUGAUGGUCAAAAAAACCCUCUCCUCACAUUCCCAUUUGCCUUGAGCUCCCACCUAGAAUUUCCUUCUAACAUCCACCAUGGCCAUCUUCGACGCCCUCGUAAGCAGCGAGCAGGUCAUCGAGGCCUUUGGCCCUCAUAUCGAGGGCAAGACCUUCGUUAUAACCGGUGCCAGUAAGCUCAGCAUAGGCAACAAAGUGGCCACAUCUCUAGCCAAAGCCGCGCCAGCGCAUAUCCUGAUUGCCUCUCGCACCCUCAGCAAAGUCCAGCCCGUUUUGGAUGAGAUCCAAGCCAUCGACAACACCAUCAAAACCACAGCAGUACAGAUAGACCUCACCGACCACGAAUCCGUCCGACGCGCCGCAGACGAGAUCCUCGCCGCAGCCCCCAGAAUCGACGUCCUCGUCAACAGUGCCGGGGUGAUGGCCAUCAAGGAAUACACCCUAGACAAGCAGGGGAUCGAACUAAACCUCUCCGCCAACCACCUGGGCCAUUUCCUACUCACCAACCUACUCGUUCCAGCCCUCGAGGCCGCCACAUCCGCCCGCGUCGUCAACCUGACCAGCACUGCCUACCUCAUCACGUCCUUUCGCUUCGAGGACUGGAACUUCUCCGAGGGCAAAGAGUACGAUCACUGGACAGGAUACGGACAGGCAAAAACAGCCAAUAUCUUGUUCGCAUAUGGGCUGACCCAGCGGCUGAAGCACCGUGGGAUCGUGGCGGUUGCGGCCCAUCCAGGCUAUAACCAGCACACUAACCUUGGUGUUAACCUCACUAUGGAUGAUUUUGUGGACCUUUUCCCACUUGUGAAGCGUAAUACUGGCAAGGAUUUUGUGUUCGAGGAGCCUAGGUUUAAGACUUCUACUCAGAUUGCGGCUACCCCGUUGAUUGCGGCGCUGGAUCCGGAUUUGCAGGACCAGGCACCGGUGUAUUUGCAGAAUAGUGCGGUUAGUGGUACGGUGGAUUAUACGUGGGAUUCGGAGAGUGUGGAGAAGUUAUGGAAGUUGAGUGAGAAAUUGGUCGGGGAGGUGUUUGAGUAUUAGAUGGCUUUCUAGCUCAUGUGGAGGAGGGGGUUGCAUGUAUAUAGAUGAGCUAGUAUGCGACCAUAUCCCCUGUUCAACUUUGUUCCUCCCUUAAUUUAGUGACAUCAUUUAGUCUCAUAUCAUUGGUGUAAAAUGUUUCCG